UUCACCUCUACGACGAAAAUUGUGCUCCGAUUCAUUUCACUUAGGGUUAUUUCUCCGAUCAGAUCCGAUUUCAAUUCCUUCUCCGUCUGAUUCUCUCCUCCACCACGAUGUCUCUCCGUCGCACUAUCCUCGAUCUACACCGUCAAACCCACAGAGCCGCUCUCUCAAAGUCUCUACCUUUCUCGAUGAGUCACAUCUCCUCCGCGUCCGCCACCGCCGCCGUGAGAAACCCACUAGGAAGAGACAUCUCUUCAAUCCCAUUCGCACUAGCCCAGAAACUGAAACCAGAGUCAACCAAUCUGGUCACCGAUCGUUCGAUCUCGUCUUCAAUUGGGCAAUCUGAUAUCAACAAGGCAGCCAAAUUCUCGCGCCUCUCGUCUUCUCGAGGUUACACUAACGCCUCUUUCUUACGCAAAAUCCCUAUACUAUUUCACAUACAUGAAGGAAUGGAAGAGAUUUUGGCUGAUUAUGUUCACCAAGAAAUGACAAGGAAUUUGAUAGUCAUCUCUUUGGGAUUGUUCCAGAUUAUCGUUUUCAAAGAUAUUGUCUUGUUUCUUCUCUGAAACAUCUUUUGGGAUCUAAGGAACACUCACUCGAUCAUCACCUGUUAAUGAAUAGUGGGCUAAAAAAAAGUCUUUCCUUUUAUCUCUUUCUUUUAUGAAUAAGAACAUGAUGCAAUGUCGCAUCUUCUACCUUCAAGCUUCCGUUGUGUGUUGGUUCAGUUUCUGGGUUUUUUCUUUCAAGGUUGAUGUAUUUGUAAUGCUUAAUUCCUGCUUGAGUCAGGAGUAUUGUUCCUGAGGCUUUGAAGACUAUGUUAAGCUUUUGAUUGAAUAAUGAAAACUUUGCUCAGCUUUGAUCAGUAUGUUUGCAUUGCUAGUUAUGGCUGUAAUUUGUAAAUAUACUAGAGCAUUACUCUGCUUUAAUCACACAAUGUGUGCAUUUCUUUCUACGAAGCUUUAAUGUAAUCUGAAGUUUGAGAGACUCGGGUAAGCUGUUGUAGAUCAACGAUUGAGCUUUGGUAGUAGAAAGAUGUGGUUUUUGGAUUAUUUAGAAAUGUUGAGAGAUUUUCUUGUUUUUGGAAUUGGUGUGAUCUUGGGAGAUGAUAAAGGUGAUGAAGACUGUCAAGAAGUCACAUACAGAGAAGUCUCGAUGUUACUUUGAUCAAACAAACAUGAGAUUUCGAAGAAAUAAGCUAUCAAAUUGAGU